AAUGCAGUUUACAUUUGAGUGCAAAAGAAAGCGCUGCUUUAAUAAGAAUGCGAAUUUCACGCCUCUUCCAAGUGGACAGGAUGGCGAACGUUACAAGGGAAGAUUUACAGGACUAUCCGUCGAGAUAGUUGAUCCCGAACAGGCUAAAUCCCUGCACGAUAAUGGUUGUUUUGGCAAGGGAAGCAAAUCUCGCGGAGGACCAGCAAGUGGAGACGAGAACGAAACCCUGUUUCUCGGAAUGGAAGAGUCUUGCUUCCUGGCCCACUAUUUAAAUGUUUUAGAUAUAACCAACUCAGCUGGUUAUUUAAUGGACUUCUGCAUGUUUGUGGAGGUCGCCAAAGAGCACAAUGAGAAAUUUGUUGAGAACUUGGCCAGCUAUGUGUAUUUGAAGUCCAAGAAUUGGGUCAUCAAGAGCGGUAUUAAGUUCGGCGGUGAUUUUCUUAUCUACAAGCAAAGUCCUCGAUUGUACCAUGCCAGCUUUUUGGUCAUUGUGCAAAAGCCUGGUGAUACGGAUCACUAUCAAUCAAAGAACUUGAAGGGUGUUCAACGCGUGGCAGAAACUUCUGAUAAGGAUGUGCUGCUCCUGACUGUCCAACCGCCUAAGAAGAUAAGCUCUUCCAGGGAUUUGCAGGAAGCCACAGUAACAGAGACUAUUGUGCGGCGUUUUAAUUACUUAACUUUUGUACAAAGCAAACAACAAUAAGGAACUACUCAGGGACUCUACAACUUCUCCAGCCGGUGCUUCUUGGGUAUGCCAGUGCUGCGAUAGUCGGCGCGCUCCUGCAGAUAUAUCUGCUUGCACUCCUCCUUGAAGGCUUCGUUCUGAUACCACUGGGUGAGGCAUUCCUUCAGGGCUGAGUUCUGUUUCCGACAGGUGGCCACCAUCAGUAUACUGCUGGCCUUGCAGCACUCCUGGAAGUCGGCCACCUCCUUUGAGCAGAACUCCGUCUUGGCACGAUCGCGCAUUAUCUUGGGUAUCAGCACUUCGCGCUCCACCUUGCGCAACCUAGUAUCAUUUGGAUCGCCUAGCAAGGGCAGUGUCAGUUGGUGGUCAUAUUCGAUUAUUCUGAGGACUCACCCAGUCCAUGGGGAUUGUGGGGAUCCACGGCUGGCUGUUGUUCAAGGCUCAUAUUGUGUUAAAAAUACUAUUUAUUUUGUAUAACAACUUUUAGAGUGACUGCCACCGGUGCGAUGAAAAAUACUAGGGAUAUAAAAAUACCACGAGUAUACUAAAAUUAGAUUCAUUUUUAAGAUAUAAAAUAUAAUUUUAUAAUUCGAUUUCUUGAAUAUUGAAAUUACUUAAUGAUCGUCUAGAACACAAAAUUUGCCCGACUGAUCGCUAAUUCAAUAAUAUAUUUUUUUUUAAACC